UAUUCUCUCCUUACAACCACCUUCUGCUGUCGCCUUAUAUCAGUGGAUUCAAAUUUAUAAUCAAAUGUUAGAUUUGCACAAAAGUCAUUAGUGCCUGAAGAUGCUGUGUUUUUGAUUAUAAGGAACCCUUUAAGCACAUCAGCUUAGCAAAGGGCUUAUAUAUAUAUUUCCCACUGAAAAUAAUCAGCGUAACAAAAGCACAAUGUGUGUUACUUGGCGGGGAUGCUAAGCUGUUGCUCAGGUAACAGGGAAAUGCAUAGAGAAAGAGAGAGGGGGGGGGGGCAGAAUGAGAGAGGUACAUGGAAGGGGGCAGGGAGAAAAGGGAAGCAGCAAAUAAGAAGAUGGCAAAAAUCCUGGUGGGAGGGAGCAGGGGAGGGGAGGAACCACUGCAGGCCCACCGGAGAGAGAAUGAGAUGUAGCUGGUGGAUGCUGGCUUCUGCUGCAGCUGAGCGAGAAAGAGAGAGGGAGGGAGAGAGAGAUUUCUGCCGCCGAGCCGGAAUGGUGUCAGCCACGCCGUUUGGAAUGCCAUGCUUCUCGCGGCUGGGCUCAGCCUUUGUGUGCGACCACGCAGUGAGGGAGCUUAGCCUGAAGACGCACACUGAGACGUGAUCAUCUGGUUUACUGAAUGGAUGAAGGCAUUUUAUUUCAUGUUUUUUGUCUCAAUGCAAUAUGAUGAUUCACUCAUCAAAGGAGCUUAGCUAAACUGGAUUAUUCUAAAGCCUUGGUAGAAGAAGCAAAAGGCUUGCAUCAGCUGUGUGUUUUCUUUUUUUGGGAAAAAACAUCACCUUGGAGUUUUUUUGAGAGGAGGGGGGGGGCACCUUUUUUCCCUGCUGGACAAGAACUAGCCUAUCCAUUCACUUGCAGAGCCAGAGCGUCUCACUCUUGGUGCUCCUCGUUUAAUCUGCGAUCGGCUUUUUCCUCGUCUUCACAUUUCUCCACAGUUUCCAGAGCAACUCAACCAAUCUCAGUCGCUGUCUCCAAGAUAAAUGAGUCUGAGUGAGGGCAAGGUAAGAAAUCCGAAACACAUCCCUGAGCUUCCAGGGAGAGGCAGAGAAAUAGGGAGAGAGCGAGAUAAAAGGGGGAAUAGAAGACUGUCAGGUAGAGAGGGAGGAUGGAUGGGUGACACUAGUUCAGACGUGUCGUGACAGCAGCAGUCACUCACUUCUCAGAAACUUAUAGGAUCGCAGCAUGCUCAUUUGACACAGGCAGCGGAGGGGAGUGGGUGCUGUGCUGUCUGUCUGUUGGUGACAAACGAGAGACACCACCCAUCUGCAGCGCUCAGGGAAGGCAAAAUGCAAAUAGAAUUCAGGUAAAAUCGGCUGUCAAGACAUCUAUUAGACACAGAUUGUUAUCUAGAUGACUUACCAUUAUGCCAUGGUGCUUUCAGUUAAUUCACAUGGUAGAAUUUGCAUUGAGAGAUAAAGAUUAAAAUGAAGACGCAAAUAUACAUUUUAUAAAUACACUUUUUAAUGCGAAGAAUUAAUGUAAUGUUGAAAAUUAUGCAUUUUUGAUGAUAAAAGUAAAUCUGUUAUUUGAUGGUAAACUUUAAAUUAGAGCACUCAACAGGUAAGCCACCUCCACACACAACUUGCAGUCUUCAAAUCUGUGAGUGGUCUAGUUAUGCAAAUGCUGUGAAUGUGAAUGUAAUAUUGGAACCUGCUAACAAGUCGGGAGUAAAUAAAUGCAGUUGAUUAACAUUCGUCUAAAAAUAGCACAAAUAAAUAGUAUGAGUACAAAGGAGAGGCACCUAGGAGAUCCCACAGGGAGCAACUCAGUGGAUUAGGUUGUAAAUAUUUGCAUAAAAUCAGGCAUUCUGCUAUUUAAUUGAAUACUGAAGUGCUCUCAUAGGGGCAUUGCAGAGAAACUCUAAAUAAAUAAGCACAUAACGAACUAAAUGUGGUUAUCAGGGAGAACAACACACCACAUAUGCAUUGGCAUCUAACUGUCCAUGAAUAUACAUGAAAGCACAUUUUACUACUGAAAAGUUCUAUUUUUUGUUUUGUUAUUUUCACAAACGUUGAAACAUAGGAAGGUUAGGAAUACAUUUGGAAUGUGAGGAUUAAUGGAGUAAUUUAAGUUUCAGUAAAUUUGAAAAGAAAAUCUAGACACGUUCCUCCCACACAUAUUCUCCAAUUCUUUCACCAAAAUAAAAUCUACUGAUGGACUGGUUUUGAUCGCAUCGCAGUGGAAACUCCCUGGCAUGCUGCUCCGUCAGCCCUGCUGCACCUACCCUAUGGACCACUGACCGCGCUGCCUGAAGGAGAAAUGCUACAUCUUUUCAUCUCCUCUGGCUCCGCUGCAUAUUUAAGCACACUUUCUUUUUUGUAAUGCCUCUCUCCACCAGCAUCACUGCGCUGGAUGAAUGCAUAACACAGGCUCCAAGAGAACAUCAAAGGUGUUCUCCCUGCUAGGGUCACACCUGUGAUCUCACAGAAAGGCUCCUGUAAUUGGACUCGGGUGUAAUUGGACUUGCCCAGCCGUCCAACAUCUUCAGUGUUAGAGGAGAAGAGGACAGGACAGCAGGGACUGAUCAAGAAAGUGCCAGAAGACAUUGCCACCUGUUUGAGAUGGGGUGCAACAUGUGUGUGGUGAAGCGCCCGGAGGAGCAGUACCGGAUCAUGUUCCAGAAAGGGAACAUACUGCGUCCUAUUGAUGGCGAAAUUAAGCUCAAGGAGAAGAGAGGAUGUCACUUGGGUCACAACCAGGAUGGGCAUCCCCAUGAUCCUUUGCUUCUUCAGGUGGUGCGCAAAGGGCACAGAAGGAGGACUGGCAUGGCAGGGGGCACGGCCCGAGUGCUGGCCAUCUCGGACUGCAUGGACAACAGCACCCAGACGGACAUCAGCUUUCAGAGCAUUCUGGGAAAUGGACCCUGUGUGACAACGAGUGGGACUCCACCACCACCUCCGUCUCCACCUCUGCCACCACAGAUGGAGCCGUACCUGCUGAAUGAUCUCUGUUCUUUGGAGCAUGUGUACCAUGACCCCAAUGACUACUUUGACGUCACGCAUCAUGAAGUCGACAGACAAGACGAGCUGGAGUAUGAGGAGGUGGAGCUGUACAAGUCCAGUCAGCAGGACAAGCUGGGCUUGACCGUGUGUUACCGCACAGAUGAUGAAGAAGACCAAGGCAUUUAUGUGGGAGAGGUAAAUCCCGACAGCAUCGCAGCAAAAGAUGGGAGGAUCAGACAGGGUGACAGAAUCUUACAGAUAAAUGGAGUGGAUGUUCAGGACAGGGAGGAGGCGGUGGCCGUCCUGACCCGAGAGGACAGCACCAAUAUUUCUCUGCUCUUGGCUCGACCUGAAAGAGAGUCUGAUAACCCAGAGGAGCUGGAGCUGGAGCUGCCUGUGGGGAUGGAGGUGGACAGCCUGACCACAUCUCCCCUGUCGGGCAUCUACCGACUGCGGCAGAUGGGGGUGAGCACGGCUGCCGCCACGCCUCUUCACGGGGGCGCCGACGCCGAGAGACGGACGCCCACCUCGCACCCGGCAGCGCUCAGCACGAGCCAGGAGCUGGACAGCGGCGUGGGGCGGACCGACGAGAGCACCCGCUAUGAGGAGUCGUCCGAGCACGACCUGCUGGCCGACGACCACACCAGCGCCUGCAACACCAACGCCACCACCACCCCUGCCAGCCUGCGCAAGUUCCGGCCCGCCGGCCUCGGCCCGGUCCACGCCCGGGGAGAAACCCCGUCCCCUCUGUUCCUCCGGGAGCUCCAGCUCAGCUCUGACCCUCUGCCAGGGUAUGAGUGUGGUGGGGUAGGUGUAGUGGGCGGUGGGGGGUACAUGACGAGCCCGGUGAUGAUGAUGAUGCCGGGGCUGACUGAGGAAGAGUGUGAGAGGUACCAGCAGCUCCUGCAGAUCAAGUGCCAGUAUGAUAGGAACAAGAGCAAUUUAAACACCCAGACAAGAGAGGGGGACGAAGUAGGAGGAGAGGGGCGUGGAGAGGAAGUUGGAAAGGAGGGCGAAGAGGAGGGGAAGGGUAAAGGGGUCUCGUUGGUGGACGUGAACUGCAACGUGAACCUGAACCUGUCGGAGCACGAGAUGGCCCUGCUGGAGGAGGAGCUGCGUCACUUGGAGUUCAAGUGCCGGAACAUUCUGCGCGCGCAGAAGAUGCAGCAGCUGAGGGAGCGCUGCCUGAAGGCCUGGCUGAUGGAGGAGGAGGCGUCGGGACGCGGGUCGCCGCCGCCCCCGCCGGGGCCCGCCGAGGCACAGCUCUCCGACAUCAACGAGCUCCCGGAGAGAGAGCGCUCCGACAAGGAGAGCACCAGCGCCUACAACACGGGCGGGGAGAGCUGCCGCAGCACCCCGCUGGUGAGCGAGCACCUCUCGCCCCCGUUCUCCGAGCCCCCCCUCAGCCCCCUGGGUGUGCACAAGCACAGGGACCGCGGGGGGCGGCCCAACCUCAACUGCUCUUACUCCCCCACCAGCUACAGGAAGUGGCAGGCCUCGACCGUCGGCAAUGGCAACUCCAACCAGAAGUACCGGUCCCUGUGCUGGGACUCGCCAUCCAGACGAGCGCCGCCCGCUGAGUGGGGCACCCCGUCCCGAAGAGCCCCAAAAAUGCCCGACAGGAUGGGCGGGCGGAGCGCAGAGUCUAGCCCCUACUUUGCCCGCCGUCACCAUGGCAACAAGCCCCUGGAGCACUACCAGAGCUGCAUGCAGUUGGGCUCCACCCCCGACAGCGGAGCGGCGCUGGAGAGGAUGGUGGAGGGGGAGAGCGAGGCCGCGGUUGGCAGCAGCAGCACGGAAAGCGGCACCAACAAGGGGGCCCUGACUUCAGUCCCGGGCGCUGACCUGCCCCCCAGCCCAGCCAAGCUGAGCCUGAACCUGCCACUGCCGCUGUCCCCGGCCUCCUCUCCACGCAUGGAGUGGAAGGUAAAAAUCCGCAGCGACGGCACACGAUACGUGGCCAAGCGCCCCGUGCGCGACCGCCUGCUGAAGGCGCGCGCCAUGCAGAUCCGCGAGGAGCGCAGCGGCAUGACCACGGACGACGACGCCGUCAGCGAGAUGAAGAUGGGCCGCUACUGGAGCAAGGAGGAGCGCAAGCAGCAGCUGCUGCGUGCCCGCGAGCACCGCCGGCGCCGCGAGUUCAUGAUGCAGAGCCGCCUGGACUACCUACGCGAGCGCGACGGCAGCGGCCACGAAAGGGAGCCGGCAGCGGCGGGGCAGCAGGACUCGCCGGCACGAUCCACCUCCUACAUCAUAGAGCUCAGCCAGCGGAAGAGCAUGAAGAAGCGCAACCGCCGGAUCCUGGACAACUGGAUCACCAUCCAGGAGCUGCUGACCCACGGCAGCCGCUCAAGCGACGGGAAAAAGGUCUAUAACCCGCUGCUCUCCGUCACCACCGUCUGAGACAUGAGGGACCACAGGGAGGGAAUAAACAGGAGGAGAAACAGACAGGCAGCCAUUGCAGAGUGAAGAUGAGGAAAUCAUUUCAGACACACUUGAGACCAUCCAAUACAAUCCGUUGUGUCAUUUUUAAAA